CUGCUCCACCUCCCUGCACUUGGUGCUGGGAAAAUGCCUCAUCCAUUUGGAAAAGAGGAAGCUGCUUCUCAGAAGCAGCUUUUUGGAUUUUUCUGUGAAUGCCUGCGGAGGGGAGAAUGGGAGCUGGCACAGGCGUGUGUACCACAACUACAGGAGGGACAAGAGGAUAUUCCAAAGAGAGUGGAAGACAUCCUUCAGGCUCUCGUGGUGUGUCCGCAUUUGCUGAGAUGUGGGACAGAUACCAGCCCUCAAAAAUUGGCCUGGAUUUGGCUUCUUGUACUGAAAAAGUGGUUUGCCCAAGAGAAGAAAUUACUCCCAGCUGUUUUCCAGAGAAAGCUUGAAUUUCUUUUAUUGUCCGAAGACCUCCCAGGUGACAUUCCAGAGGACGUCCUUAAGGAACUGUAUGAAGUCUUAGCACAAGACUCUGUGUCUGAUGGAAGUAAGAAGUGUGAGCUCAGCUCAGAAGCUCUCUCUGUGCUGUGGGAUCUUCUGAGGCUGGCUCCCCGGCCAGCCCAGGCUCUGCUAGAGCUCCUGCUUAGAGAGGACGAUGACACUGGCCUCUGUGGCUGGUCCCUGCAGAAGGCGCUGGUAGACCUCACUCAAAAAGCAUUGAAGACUUUGCAAGGCCCUGAUGCUGGGCCCCCAGGGAUAACAGAUGCCAUCUAUGGAGUCUUGCGAACUCUGCGUUGCCCUGCAGAGCCCCUUGGAGUUGAGUUGCGCCUCCUGUGUGAGGAACUACUGGAAGCCUGCAGGACGGAGGGGAGCCCCCUGCAGGAGGAGCAGCUACUCAGCUGCCUGCUGCACAGGGCCGGGCGGGGCCUGCUGACCCUGUAUGGCCAUACCUAUGCUGAGAAGGUCACGGAAAAGCCACUGAGGAGCACAUCCUCAGGAAAAGUCUCUCCAGAUCACCUAGAUCCCGAACGAGCAAUGCUCACCCUGUUCUCCAAUCCUGACCCAGCCCAAGCAUGGAAAACAACCUAUUUCUACUGCCUGAGCAACAGCAAGCACUUCCUGGAGCAGAUCCUGGUGACGGCACUAACCCUGUUGAAAGAGGAGGACUUCUCCAGCCUCAGCUGCCUGCUGGAGAGAGAAUUCAGGCCCCUCAGUCGGCUGCUCGUGCUUCUGGGCUGGACACACUGCCAGAGCCUGGAGUCAGCGAAGAGCCUGCUCCAGGCACUCCACAGAACCCAGGAUCAGGGCAGCGAUAAGCUCCUCAGGGAAGCCUGUGAAGGGUUGUGGGCACACCUGGAAGUCUUGGAGUGGUGCGUACAGCACAGCAGCAACCCCAUACCAAAGAGAGAGCUCUUGUGUCAUUUACAUGGUGGAGACAGCCACUCAGUGCUCUACUCUCUCCAUCAUCUCACAAACCUUCCAGGCCUCAGGGAAGAAGAUGUUCUCAAGCUCUUGCAUAAAUUGCCAGCCAGGGAACCCCAGGAAGAGCAUGAUUCAGCUGAUGCCCUGGUCCCUGACCACCUGGGCCAGUGUCAGAGUGUGACACUUUACCAGGGCUUCUGCGCCAUGAAGUACGCCAUCUAUGCCCUCUGCGUGAAUUCACACCAGCACUCUCAGUGCCAGGACUGCAGAGAAGGUCCUUCUGAGGGCUUGGCCUCAGCCAGGGAGCCGCUGAAUACAUUGCUCUCCUCCCCAGGUGCUUCAGAUCUCUUCUCCUCAUGCCUGGCCAGGUGUCAACAGUAUCUGUGCAGUAUUCCAGACUCUCUAUGCCUGGAACUUCUGGAAAACAUCUUCUCAUUGCUCCUCCUCACCUCUGCCGAUCUCCAUCCAGAGCCUCACCUGCCUGAGGACUAUGCUGAGGAGGAGGAUGUUGAGAGAAGGGACUCCGUGGGCUUGAGGUCCCCUUCAGAGAGCCCUCAGCAUGGAGCUCAGUCGGAGAGGAAUUUGGAGCAGGGUUUGCUGGGUGUUCCCAGAACAUUUGCUCCUACUUUUGAAAACACUCUGAAGGCAGAGCCAAAAGACAGGUACCUGGAGACUCACGGACACAACUUUUUGGACUUAAAGCAUUUUACUGGUGGCAUCAGUGGAUUCCUGGCUGAUGAAUUUGCAAUGGGGGCCUUCCUCAAGCUUCUUCAGGAGCAAGUAGAUAAGAUCAGCAGCCACAGCUCCUCUGAGAAGCCCACACUCCCAGAAAGCCACAGCUGCCCAGGAAGCAGAGAUGGGCUGCAGAGCCGCCUGCAACGGUUUUCCAAGGUUCUCUCUGAGGCCCAAUGGAGAUAUAAGGUGGUAACAAGCAACCAGGGCUCAGAGGAGCAUCUGACACUCUCCCAAAGAUACCAAUCCAUUGUCACACGGCAUGCCAGUCAUGCCAGUCUCCGCCGGGGUCGUCGCACCAGAAAGAGCCGAGCAGAUGGCCGAGACAGAGAUUCCAACCCAGCUCUGGAAAGUACAAGUAGUGAGCUGAGCACAAGUACAUCAGAGGGCAGUCUGAGCACUGCAUCUGCGCAGAACGAGCUUACUGGCCGGUUGCAGCCCCAGCCUCAAAGUUCACUCAUCCCCAUGAUGUUCUCCCCGCCAGAGUCGCUGCUGGCAUCCUGUAUCCUCCGAGGGAAUUUUGCUGAAGCUCAUCAGGUGGUGUUCACGUUCAACCUGAAGUCAUCACCCAGCGCAGGAGAACUGAUAUUUGUGGAGCGCUACCAGGACGUGAUCCAGGAGCUGGCCCGAGUAGAACACAAAAUAGAAAACCAGAACUCAGACAGGGGUAACAGCACCAUCAGGAGAACCGGCAGUGGCCGCUCCACUCUGCAGGCCAUUGGCAGUGCUGCUGCAGCAGGCAUGGUGUUUUACUCCAUAUCUGAUGUGACCGACAAACUGCUGGGCACCACUGGAGACCCCAUCCCCACACUCCAAGAGGACUUUUGGAUAAGCAGCACCCAGGUGGAGCCCACUUCCCCCCUGAAAGAAGUCCUGGACGACCUCAGCCCCCCUGCCAUGGCCACAUUUGACCUCGCUUGCUGUCAGUGCCAGCUUUGGAAAACGUGCAAACAGCUCUUGGAAACAGCUGAACGGCGUCUCAACAGCAGCCUUGAGAGCCGGGGUCGACGGAUAGACAAUGUACUGCUCAGUGCUGAUGGUAUUCCAGGAUUUCCGGUGGUUCUUCAGCAGAUCAGUAAGAUUCUCAGUUCUCCACUUGUGUCAGGAGUGCAAACAAAAUCAGAGAAUGCAGAGGAGAAAGGAGGGCCCCUGCGGUGCAGCAUCACUGAGCUGCUCCAGAUGUGCUGGCCCAGCCUGACUGAAGACUGUGUUGCCAGCCAGAUCACCCUCUCUCAGCAGCUCGAGCAGGUCCUUCAGGCACUGAGAGAGGCUCUCGAGCUGCCAGAGCCCAAGAGUACUCCGCUGUCCUCCCUAGUGGAGCAGGCGGCCCAGAAAACUCCUGAGGUGGAGGCCCACCCUGUGCACGUCCAGACUCAACUCCUCCAGCAAAACCUGCUCAAACAGGCCCCCGCCGACAGCAGGCAGGCUGACUACGUGGGCACAUUCCUCGGCUACUGCAGCACCAUGUCUGCAGUUCUCCUACGCAGCUUGAGCUCUGAGCCUGAUCACGUGACAGUCAGGGUAGGAAAUCCCUUUGUUCUCCUGCAGCAGAGCUCAUCCCAACUGGUGUCACACCUCCUGCUUGAGAGACAAGUUCCCCCAGACAGGCUAGCAGCCCUUCUGGCCCAGGAGGGCCUCAGCCUCAGUGUGCCACAAGUCAUCGUCAACUGUUGCUGCGAGCCUCUUGCCCUUUGUGCUUCCCAGCAAAGCCAGCAGACAUCAUCCCUUCUGACCCCCCUGGACAUCCUGGCCCACUUGCACUGCCAGGAUUGCCUCCCACUUUCUACACUGAGCUUCCCAAGACCAACUGAAAAUCCUGUAUUGGAGAGGAAGCCCCACUUCUCCCCCAGGGAUUCGUCACCCGCAGCUCUCACCGCCUCUGCCUUGGCCUUCCUGAAGUCUCGUUCAAAGCUGCUGGCUACAGUGGCCUGCCUGGGGGCCACCAGGGCAACAAAAACCACCAAACCCAGCUUGUCAUGGAAGGAGCUCCGUGGCCGUAGAGAGGUGCCUCUGACAGCCGAGCAGGUAGCCCGGGAGUGUGAGCGCCUCCUGGAACAGUUCCCGACCCUGGAGGCCUCCCUCCUGGCUGCCUGGACACCUCUCCAAGCCUCAUCCACGCAGGAACAGAGUCUGGCAGCCAGUCUCUGCGGCCACACCAGUCUCUCCACUGUGCUCCUGGGCCUGCAUUCUCCCAUUGCCCUGGAUGUGCUGACAGAGGCUUUCAAGGAAGCACUGGUGGUCAAGGAUUGGCUCCGGGCUCUUCAGCUCCUUGACGAGUAUGGACGAGAUGUGGACGAGUUGAGCAGCAUCAAGGAUGUGGUCCUGGGCUGUGCUGCAGCAUGUGACAAAGAAGGUUGGCAAUACCUGUUUGCCGUGAAGGAUGUGUCUCUGAGAAGCCAGCUGACCCUGCAGUUUGUGGACAGGUGGCCCCUGGAGUCAUGCCUGGAGAUCCUGGCUUACUGCAUCUCAGACCCCACUGUGGAGGAAGAACUGAAGAGUGAACUGCAGAGAAGGCUGGCAGAGCUCCAGGUGUAUCAGAAGAUUCUAGCUUUGCAGGCUAACCCAGUGUGGUGUGACUGGCAGACCUUGAGGAGCUCUUGUGUUGAAGAUCCAUCUACUGUCAUGAACAUGAUUCUUGAAGCAAAGGAAUAUGGCCUGUGUGAGGAGUGGGGCUGCCUGUACCCCAUUCCAAGAGAACAUUUAAUCAGUCUCCAUCAAAAGCAUCUUCUUCACCUUCUAGAAAAAGGCGAUUCUGAGAAGGCUCUGCAACUUUUGCAAAGAAUCCCUGACUCCACCAUGUGCCUUGAAGUCACGGAGCAGUCCCUUGACCAGCACCCUAGCCUGGCCACUUCACACUUCUUGGCCAACUACCUCACCACUCACUUCUAUGGAGAACUGACUGCUGCCCGACACCAAGAAAUCCAGGCGCUGUACAUGGGAUCUAAGGUUUUGCUGACCCUUCCUGAGCAGCACCGGGCCAGCUAUGCCCACCUGUCCUCCAGCCCCCUGCUGAUGCUGGAGCAGCUCCUGAUGAACAUGAAAGUGGACUGGGCCACUGUGGCCGUGCACACCCUGCACCAGCUGCUGGCUGGACAGGAGAUUGGCUUCACCAUGGAGGAGGUUGACGCGCUGCUUUCCAGAUACGCCGGAAAAGCCCUGGACUUCCCCUACCCUCUGAGGGAGAAGCAGUCGGAUUCUGUGAUUCACCUCCAGGAAAUUGUCAGUCAGCUUUCAGACCCUGAGUCCCUGACUAGAUCACCAUCAGCAGAGUUCUCGUCCUCCGCUCCUCCAGGUGUCUCCAUUGCACAUUCCCCAAGCCUGAGGGAGAGGAGUUUCCCACCAAGUCAGCCCACAAUGGAAUUUGUGCCCCCAGCAACACCACCUGCAAGACACCAGUGGGUGCCAGACGAGACUGAGAGUGUCUGCAUGGUCUGCCGCAGAGAGCAUUUCACCAUGUUUAACAGGCGUCAUCACUGUCGCCGCUGUGGUCGGCUCGUGUGCAGUUCCUGCUCCACAAAGAAAAUGGUGGUGGAAGGCUGCAGAGAGAACCCUGCUCGUGUGUGUGACCAGUGCUAUAGUUACUACCACAAAGAUGUGCCAGAGGAGAAUCCAGACCAGUCAGAGGCACCAGACAGUUCCAAGAGUGAGAGCCCACCAUACUCAGCUGUGGUGAAGGUCCCCAAACCUGCCGAGCUGGAGUGGACUUUGGAUCUGGACGAAGAAGAAAAUGAGCUGGUGCGCAGUGAAUUUUACUAUGAACAGGCCCCCAGCGCCUCCUUGUGCAUCGCCAUCCUCAAUCUGCACCGGGACAGCAUUGCUUGUGGCCACCAGCUGAUUGAACACUGCUGCAGGCUGUCCCAGGGACUCACCAACCCGGAGGUGGAUGCAGGGCUGCUCACAGACAUCAUGAAGCAGCUGCUUUUCAGCGCCAAGAUGAUGUUCGUCAGGGCCGGCCGCAGCCAGGACCUGGCUCUCUGUGACAGCUACAUCAGCAAGGUAGACGUACUGAACAUCUUGGUUGCGGCCGCCUAUCGUCACGUGCCAUCUCUGGACCAGAUCUUGCAGCCAGCUGCAGUAACCCGGCUACGGAACCAACUUUUGGAAGCUGAGUACUACCAACUGGGUGUUGAGGUCUCUACAAAGACUGGACUUGAUACCACUGGAGCGUGGCAUGCUUGGGGUAUGGCUUGCCUUAAAGCUGGGAAUCUCACAGCUGCACGAGAGAAGUUCAACCGUUGUCUCAAGCCACCUUUUGACCUCAAUCAGCUGAGUCAUGGCUCAAGGCUGGUGCAGGAUGUGAUUGAAUACCUGGAGUCCACAGCAAGACCCCUCAUGUCCUUGCAAGAUGACGAUUACUUUGCUACGCUGAGAGAGCUGGAAGCUACCCUUCGGACCCAAAGCCUCUCCCUAGAGGUGAUUCCCGAGGGGAAGAUCCUGCACAACACCUACUACCAAGAAUGCCUCUUCUACCUGCAUAACUACAGCACCAACCUGGCCAUCAUCAGCUUCUACAUGAGGCACAGCUGCUUGCGGGAGGCCCUGUUGCACCUGCUCAAUAAGGAGAGUCCUCCAGAAGUCUUCAUAGAAGGUAUUUUCCAGCCAAGCUAUAAAAGUGGGAAGCUGCAUAUUUUGGAAAACUUGCUAGAAUCCAUUGACCCAUCUUUGGAAAGCUGGGGAAAGUACUUGAUUGCUGCCUGCCAGCAUUUACAGAAGAAGAACUACUACCACAUUCUGUAUGAGCUGCAGCAGUUCAUGAAGGACCAAGUCCGGGCUGCCAUGACCUGUAUUCGGUUCUUCAGUCACAAAGCCAAUACAUACACAGAGCUUGGAGAGAAGCUCUCAUGGCUGCUUAAAGCCAAGGACCAUCUCAAGAUCUACCUCCAAGAAACAUCCCGUAGCACAGGAAGAAAGAAGACCACCCUAUUCCGAAAGAAGAUGACUGCGGCCGAUGUGUCAAAGCACAUGAAUACGCUCCAGCUGCAGAUGGAAGUGACUAGGUUCUUACAUCGAUGUGAAAGCGCUGGGACCUCUCAAAUCACCACCUUGCCUCUACCAACCCUGUUUGGAAAUAACCACAUGAAAAUGGAUGUGGCCUGCAAGGUCAUGCUUGGAGGGAAAAAUGUAGAAGAUGGCUUUGGAAUUGCAUUUCGUGUUCUUCAGGACUUCCAGCUGGAUGCUGCUGUCACUUACUGCAGAGCUGCCCGGCAGUUGGUAGAAAGAGAGAAAUAUAGUGAGAUCCGCCAACUGCUUAAAUGUGUCAGUGAGUCAGGCAUGGCAGCAAAAAGUGAUGGGGACACCAUCCUCCUCAACUGCCUGGAAGCAUUCAAGAGAAUUCCACCCCAGGAGCUAGAGAGCUUGAUCCAGGCAAUCCACAAUGAUGAUAACAAGGUUCAAGCCUACCUGACGUGUUGCAAGCUGCGUUCUGCCUAUCUAAUUGCCGUGAAGCAAGAACACUCUCGAGCCACUGCACUUGUCCAGCAGGUGCAGCAGGCUGCCAAGAGCAGUGGGGAUGCUGUGGUACAAGAUAUCUGUGCCCAAUGGCUUCUUUCAAGCCACAUCCGAGGAGCCCAUGGCUCAAGCUCCAGAAAGUGA